GUAAUUAACAAACACACAAUGCAGGUCCUGCCUCUUCUAGCGCUGUGUAUCGCUGCCGUCGCUGGCGCUGAAAUUCGAUCUGAUUCGCAAAGGAUAUGGGGAGGGUCAGCUUCCAAUAUUCAAAACUAUCCUUAUCUAGCUUCUCUCUUGGAUACGGAUCGGUUCAACUUGUUCUGGCAAGCCUGCGCUGGCACUAUCCUGAACAACCGAGCUGUUCUCACUGUUGCUCACUGCAUAACUGAUGAGAGACUCCACUUAUGGCGCGUCCGUGUAGGGACAAGUUAUGGCAAUGGUGGUGGUGCUGUCCACGAGAUCCAAAGGCACAUUAUUCAUCCUUUAUAUACUUCUAAAAUUAUGGACCAUAACAUCGCUAUCGUACACGUCGUCGUCCCCUUCACAUUCAGUAACUUAAUCAGCCCUGCGUCCAUCGCAGGUCCUAACUACAACGUUGCAGAUAACCAAGGUGUCAUCGCUGUUGGUUGGGGCUGGGGUUACAGUUGCACACCUUCUACGUGGUCUGCAGACGACAGGCGGUUUCCUGAGAUAAUGCGCGAAGUACCGCUUUUGACAACGCCACAGGAAACGUGCAGAAACAGCUACGUUCCUCAGGGUAUCACCAUCACUGAUAACAUGUUGUGUGCCGGCUGGCCUAUUGAUAAUCGUGGCCAUUGCUCGGAAGACUCUGGUACUCCUCUCGUACACAAUGGAGUUGUCAUUGGUGUGUUUGCGUUUAGAUUUGGCAUCUCCAAUCCUGAACAUCAAAGUGUUCACACUCGAGUAUCCAGCUACACAUCUUGGAUAACUUCAAACGCAUAGAGGAAAACUAUAAUAGGAAAAUA